AUGGCUUCUCAAGCUUAUCAGCAGCUUCACUUUAUUUUGUUUCCAAUGAUGGCGCAAGGCCACAUGAUUCCAAUGAUGGAUAUUGCCAAAUUGCUGGCGCAGCGAGGCGUGGUUGUCACCGUAGUCACCACAACACAUAAUGCUGCGCGUUUCGAACCAACCAUUGCUCGUGCAGUGCACUCUGGUCUCCAAAUCCAAGUCAUCCGACUUCACUUUCCAUAUCAAGAAGCAGGAAUACCAAACGGGUGUGACAAUCUCGACAAGCUUCCUUCACUACAACUGGCCAUGAAUUUCUUCGGUUCAACCAGCAAGCUGAAAGAGCCAGUGGAGAAGUUGUUUGAGGAGCUGGCACCGCCACCAAGCUGCAUAAUCUCCGACAUGUGCUUGCCGUGGACGGCUGAUAUUGCUAGCAAGUAUCACAUCCCAAGACUUUCGUUCCUCGGCGUAGGCUGCUUCUGUCUCUUGUGCUUUCACAAUUUACGUGUCCACAAAACUCACGAGACCAUAUCCUCGGAGUCUGAAUACUUUUUUGUGCCGGGCUUGCCUGAUCAUAUUGAAUUCACUAAAUCGCAAAUAGCUAUAACCGCAGAUCCACAAAUGGAAAAACUUGGCCAGAAAAUGAUAGAGGCUGAUUUAGCCUCAUAUGGGGUUCUGGUUAAUACUUUCCAGGAGCUAGAGCCAGAGUAUGUCAAAGAAUAUAGGAAGGCAAGAGAAGAUAAAGUCUGGUGUGUUGGCCCUGUUUCUCUUUGUAACAAUGAACAUUUAGAUAAGGCUGAGAGAGGUAACAAAGCCUCCAUUGAAGAAUAUCAAUGCUUGAAGUGGCUUGAUUCUCAACAACCCUGCUCUGUUGUCUAUGCCUGCCUUGGAAGCCUAUGUAAUCUAAUAACUUCCCAGUUGAUUGAGCUCGGAUUGGGAUUGGAAGAGUCAAAGAAACCAUUCAUUUGGGUCAUAAGGGGGUCAGCAAAAAACAAAGAAGAGUUGGAAAAGUGGAUUUCAGAAGACAGAUUUGAAGAAAGGAUUAAAGGGAGAGGCCUUUUGAUUCGGGGUUGGGCUCCCCAGUUACUGAUAUUGUCCCAUUCUUCAGUUGGAGGGUUCUUAACGCAUUGCGGUUGGAAUUCAACCAUAGAAUCAAUAUCUGCUGGGGUGCCGAUGCUUACAUGGCCGCUCUUUGGAGACCAGUUUAUCAAUGAGAAACUUGUAGUGCAGGUGAGAAAAAUUGGUGUGAGGGUUGGGGUGGAGGAUCCUGUGAAGUGGGGUGAGGAGGAGAAGAUUGGGGUGUUGGUGGAGAAGGAAGAUGUUAAGGCGGCCAUAGACAUGCUAAUGGAUGAAGGAGAGGAAAGAGAGGAGAGGAGGAAAAGAGCAAGAGAGCUCGGGGAUAUGGCAAAGAGAGCUGUUGCAGAUGGGGGGUCUUCUCAUGUCCAAAUUACACAGCUGAUUCAAGAAAUUAUGCGACAAGCAGGUUGUGAAGAGUCAACCUAACGGACUUAUAUUAAAGAUAGAGUUAUUUCUCUUCAUCUCAUGAUACCAAAGUGCAGAUUGUUGAUUGCUAAAUUCAUUUUGAUGUAAAAAAUUAUACGCGACUAGCAUGUAUUUUUAUGUGAUUGAUUUGUUCCUAUUUUAAUAAUAAUAAUAAUAGACACAAAAAAAAAAAAAGAAAAA